CUCCGCCCCGCCCGCCCCGGCUCAGACGGAGACAGGACAGCGAGCGGCAGCCGCGCCCAGUGCCCCCCUGCCCAGCCUAGUCCAGCGGGGACCCCCGUAGGACAAGACAGGACAGGGCAGGACAGACAGGACAGGACAGGUCCUUGCGUCUUCCCGCCUGCGACGCCCGGCUUGGCAGUCCUCCAUCCGUCCAUUUGUGGGCCUACCCUUGGAUUUGUGGUUCCAAACGUCGUCCCUCCAGCGGGAGCUCACACCAUGUUUAGCUGGCUGAAGCGCGGGGGAGGCGGGGCGGCCCGGGGCCAACGGGCCGAGGCCAUCCGCACGGUGACCACCGCACUCAAGGAGCUGUAUCGAGCCAAGCUGUUGCCACUGGAAGAACAUUACCGCUUCGGGUCCUUCCACUCGCCGGCCCUGGAGGAUGCCGAUUUCGAGGGCAAGCCCAUGGUACUUGUGGCAGGCCAAUACAGCACAGGAAAGACCAGCUUCAUUCAGUACCUGCUGGAGCAGGAAGUGCCAGGCUCUCGAGUGGGGCCUGAGCCUACUACUGACUGCUUCGUGGCCGUCAUGCACGGUGAGACUGAGGGCACCGUGCCUGGCAAUGCCCUCGUCGUUGACCCGGACAAGCCCUUCCGCAAACUCAAUCCCUUCGGGAAUACCUUCCUCAACAGGUUCAUGUGUGCUCACCUCCCCAACCAAGUCCUGGAGAGCAUUAGCAUCAUUGACACCCCGGGCAUCCUUUCUGGGGCAAAGCAGAGGGUGAGCCGAGGCUAUGACUUCCCUGCUGUCCUGCGCUGGUUUGCUGAGCGCGUGGACCUGAUCAUUCUCCUGUUUGACGCCCACAAACUGGAGAUCUCCGAUGAGUUCUCUGAGGCCAUCGGGGCCCUCCGAGGCCACGAGGACAAGAUCCGGGUGGUGCUCAACAAGGCGGACCUGGUGGAGACGCAGCAGCUGAUGCGUGUGUAUGGGGCGCUCAUGUGGGCACUGGGCCGCGUGGUGGGGGCCCCCGAGGUCCUGCGGGUCUACAUCGGCAGCUUCUGGGCCCAGCCGCUGCUUGUGCCUGACAACCGGCGCCUUUUCGAGCUGGAGGAGCAGGACCUUUUCAGGGACAUCCAGGCCCUGCCUCGCCACGCUGCUCUGCGUCGGCUCAAUGACCUGGUCAAGCGGGCCCGCCUUGUCAGGGUGCACGCCUACAUCAUCAGCUACCUGAAGAAGGAGAUGCCUUCGGUGUUCGGGAAGGAGAAUAAGAAGAAACAGCUCAUUACUAACCUGCCUGUCAUCUUCGCCAAGAUCCAGCUGGAGCAUCACAUCUCCCCGGGAGACUUCCCCGACUGUGAGAAGAUGCAGGAACUCCUCAUGGUUCAUGAUUUCACCAAGUUCCACUCUCUGAAACCAAAACUGUUGGAGGCCUUGGAUGAAAUGCUGACCCAGGACAUCGCCAAGCUGAUGCCCCUGCUGCGCCAGGAAGAGCUGGAGAGCCCUGAGGUGGGCGUGCAGGGGGGAGCCUUCGAGGGCACCCACAUGGGUCCCUUCGUGGAGCUGGGUCCCGGAGAGGCCUUGGGCGAAGGGGGGGAAGAUGGGGAUGAUGAAGCAGAGUGGGUGGUGACCAAGGACAAAUCCAAAUACGACGAAAUCUUCUAUAACCUGGCUCCGGCCGACGGCAAGCUCAGCGGCUCCAAGGCCAAGACGUGGAUGGUGGGCACCAAACUGCCCAAUUCGGUCCUGGGUCGCAUCUGGAAGCUGAGCGACGUGGACCGCGACGGCAUGCUGGACGAUGAGGAGUUCGCCUUGGCCAGUCACCUCAUCGAGGCCAAACUGGAGGGCCAUGGGCUGCCCGCUGACCUGCCCCGGCACUUGGUGCCGCCCUCCAAACGCCGUCAAAAGGGCUCUGCCGAGUGAGGGGCCUGCUUCUGGCUCUGUUGCUCCCGCACCAAACUUGCUCCCCGGCUCUUCCUCUCAGAGCCCACUUUUAGCUUGUGUCCCCCAUAGCUAUGUUCUUCUCUGAACCCCUGACUGGUGUCCCUAUGUCUGGACCUUUCUGAGCUCCCAUCUCUGUCUUCUCUGAAUCUCCAACUUUACCAUCUCUUGAGUUCCCAUCAUGUUUCCUUCUCUGAGCCAUCUCUGUAUUCUGUGAAUCUCCAUGACUGGCCUGUCCCCCUCUGAGCCCCCAAACUCUGAACUCUCAUCUCUCUGAGCCCCCCAACUCUGUCCCAUUCUGAGCCCCGUUUCUAUCUCUCUCAUGUCCCAAACUUCCUUCUUAUUUCUGUCUCACUCUGAUCCCCCUUUAUUUUUCUCCAAGCUUCCAAUCUGUUAACAUCUCUGCCCUUCCUUGCAUCUCCAAAAUCUCUCUCUUAACUCCUAAUAGCCUCCCUAUCUGUUCCACUAAAUCUCCAGCUCUGCCUAAUCCCCUGACCUGUACCUCCAUUCUCUACCUAAACCCCUUCAGCCCUUUUCUCUCUGAACUCCCAAUAUGCUUCCCCAUCCUUCUUCCCUCAUCUUGGUCCCCUUAUGACUGCUGGUUUCUCCCUUGGAAGCUCUUUUCUCCCUCUGAGCCCCCAAAUCUUCCCUACUCUGAGACCCAAUCUUUGUCCCAUUCAGAGACUCCCAUUUUCUCCUACUUCCUAACCAGCCUCCCACUAGUUGGACACUGCUCCUGGCCCUUCAUAUCCCUCACUCUCCCUCAUCAAACAGACUCUACCUUGCUCACAGCUACCCCAAAUGUGAAUUAUUUUGCUUUUCCUCCUGCCUUGCCCUGGGGAAGUCCCUUCAUACAGCCCUUAUAAAGGCCCAAGGGACCUGCUUGUAUUUUAGCUCUAUGGACUAAAAUACAUCCUCUCCUCUCUUCCACUUCCACCCGAAUCCUCAGCCGUGACGGGUCUUUGGAUUUAAAAGGAAGUUGGGGGGAAAAGAGAGAUUCCCUUCCACAUAUUCCAUCCCCAACACACAGAUAAAUACCUCCCCUCCCAACACACUUACACACACACAUACACACCUGGUUGUUCAGCAGACAUAGUAUAAGGACCAAGGUGAGGGGGAUGAGGCAGAGGUUUUAAGUAUACGUGACAUUGUGGACACAUUAAGUAGAUGCAAGUGACUGAUCCCUUGGUCACAUGACCAAUAGAAGGAAUGCUUCUAGCCCCCAGCUUGUUGACUGCCCCAUGAGUCCAUGGAGAAAGUGUAGGGACCACUGAGGGCUCCAAAGAGGACCUAGAUGGACAGAAUCAGUCCUAGACCUUCCUUCCUCUCCAUCUAUUCCUCUUAGGUGACCAACGCAGGUCAGUGACUUCAGGGGCAAGGGCAAGGGCAGAACAGAGAGAUGUGAUUGCCCCAGAGCUAAGCUAGGGAGAGUGAUUUAGAGAUGAAAGAGAAUGAAGUUUCUUUCAGAGUUCUGGUCCUUGGUCCAGCCCCUCCGAGGUGGCUGGUCUGGACACUGCCCAGGGACUAGUUGGAGUGGGGUUGGUGUGGUCACGUCCCCAGCAGGAGCUGGCCAGUCUGGCUGUAGAGAGUUAGAGACCCAGGGAUCUGCCUCCUUUCCUUCUGUAUUUAAAUACUUUACCUGGGUCUUCCUAGACCAUCUGACUUGUCAGUUUAUAGAAUUUAUGUGAAGAACAGUCAGUUCUCCAAACAAACUCAUUGGCCCAUA